CCUUUUCACUAUUUUAGACUUUUUUUUUUCACUUUUAAAUUAAAUGAUGGCUAUUGACUCUGGUUUCUUGGAUCGUGAACAUCCUGAUACAAUUGUUCUUUUUGAUGUCGAUGGUACAUUGACGCCUGCACGUAAUUUUAUCUCUCAAGAAAUGAAGGAUUGUUUGGCAAAUCUACGAAAGAAGGUUGCUAUUGGAUUCGUAGGUGGAUCUGAUAUCAGUAAACAAUAUGAACAACUUGGAAGCACCAUCUUGGAAGAUUUUGAUUUCUGUUUUGCUGAAAAUGGUCUUACUGCUUAUCGUUUAGGAAAACAGCUGGCAUCUCAGAGUUUUAUUCAAUGGAUUGGUGAUGAAGAAUAUAACAAGUUGGUCAACUUCAUCUUGCGUUAUAUUGCUGAUUUGGAUAUUCCCAAAAAGAGAGGUACAUUUAUUGAAUUUCGUAACGGAAUGAUCAAUGUGUCACCUAUCGGACGUAACUGCUCAAGAGAAGAACGUAAUGAAUUUGAAAAGUACGAUCUUUCAAUCCGCAUUCGAGAAAAAUUCGUUGAAGCACUCAAAAAGGAAUUCUCACAUCUUUCAUUGACUUAUUCUAUUGGAGGACAAAUCUCUUUUGAUGUAUUCCCCACAGGAUGGGAUAAAACUUACUGUUUGCGUCAUCUUAAAGCCGAUGGUUUCAAAAACAUUCACUUCUUUGGUGAUAAGACAUUUGAAGGUGGUAACGAUUAUGAAAUUUAUACUCAUCCCGAAGUCAUUGGCCAUAGCGUAAAGUGUCCUGAAGACACAAUGCGUAUCUUGUCUGAAUUAUUUCCUUAAUAAAAUGCUUAUUGUUGUUAUUGUCCGGAA